ACGCGACGUUCAUUUUGCAAAUAAAACACCCUUCCAUACAUGGUGCGUGUGGGUGGUCGUCUGUUUUACUCCUUAUAAAUAUCAUGCUAUGAUCUCCGUGUCUCAUAUGAAUCUCAAAUGAAGAAGAAGAAAAAAAUGACAGCAAACAAGGAAGAGAAUGUACCAAUAAUAUCACACCAAUCAAGGCCAAGCCAGUGUUGUUGCAUGUGUGGAGAUUCUGGUCUCACUCAUGAGCUUUUUCAAUGCACAGUUUGCCAUUUCAGAUCUCAGCACAGAUACUGUAGCAAUCUGUAUCCAAAAGCCGACUCUUAUGAAUUUUGUAAUUGGUGUUUGAAUCAAAAGGCGGAUUCCAAAUCUCAGAAUUCUUCUAAUUCAUCCCCGUCGUGUAAAGACAACAGCGAAGACGACGGAAAGAACCAGAAAAAGGGUGAUCAAAACCAUGGGAAUCACAACAACCCAAAGCUGCAAUUCACGAAGAAAUACUCCACCGGACAACCGAAAUCGCCGGAGAAACGGCCGCCUUCGACGGCGCGGAAGAGGAUCAUAAGCAACGCCCGUUUAGAGGAGCAGUUUAGGACGACGAUGACGAAGUCAGAAGAGAUAUCCAAAGGCGGGCACAUUACUAGGCAUGUUUUUAGAAACAAGGUACGGAGAUAUAAACUUUUGGAUGAGGUUUCAAGUUAAACACACACACAAACACACAUUUAUACCUACAAUUUCUUGUCUGAAAAUGAAACUACAAGAGACUGUUUUAUGGUUUGGUUUUUCUUUCAUUUUCCCUCGUUCCAAACAGAUAAAAGAACAGUGUAAUUUGGGAGAAAGUAUUAUUGGAAUGAUGGAAAAAGAAUCAUGGAUA